AUGGCGGGCGUCGGCGGUAGUUUGGUGUUCUCCUCGUUGGAUGAAUCAUGUGGAGCGAAAUUUGGGUUCAAAGGUCACCAGCUUUUCUGCUUGGGCCUACGCGCGUGUGGGCGAGGAGGGCAGUGGCAGGAGGCGCUGUCGCUGUUCAGCAGGACGUGGCAGGCGAGUGUGGAGCCCGACGCUCAGAGCUUCAACGUGGCGGAAGUUUGGUGUUGUCCUCGUUGGGUGAAUCAUGUGGAGCGAAAUUUGGGCUCAAAGGUCGCCAGCUUGUUCGGCGAGCUGCAGGAGGCGGAAUGUGAGUCGGACGUCGACGUCGCCCCCGAAAGCAUUGAGGCCUGCAGGGAGCAUUUUGAUGGUCCAGUGGUCUGCGGAUGGCGAAGUCGGCGACAGAAGGCAUCGGUUGCAGCGCUGCUGUCGGCACGAGCGAGGAAGUCAUGCAGCAGGUGA